UUGCAAGCCAGUGCCUCCUUUUCCUGAGUUCCUCAGGGGUUUGGUCAUAGAGGGAAGGGAUGGCUAAGUUUAUUCAUCUAUUCAAUAUUUAUUCAGCUCCAACUCUUGGCCAGGCCCAGGGCUACACAUUAGAUAGAGAGAACACCAGCAGGCAAAGCAUUGUGUAUGACCGCACUGGAGUGUGCUUGCUUCCUCUCUGUUCCUCUUUCCUGGAUCAGAUGUAGUAUUGUCCCUGCAGUGCUGGCAGUAAGUACAGGGCCUGGACACCUUGUCCCAGCUGGUGUUUCUCCAUGAGGUUUCCCCGGGAAAUUGGGCUCUGAGCCAAGAUUCAAAAGACUACAAGUGAUUUGUCCUGAUGGGCUCGCAGAGAGAAAGAAGAGGGUAUUAGGAAGUGCAGUGGAGCCAGGGGCUGAAGAGCUGUGUUGCAGAACCUGGCUCUUUGUGGGCAGGGGGCCCCUGAAAGGUGUUCAGUAGGGAAGGGACAUUUUUUUUUUUUCUUUUACAAAAAUAACACUGACUCCCUUGAGAACAGAUUAUGAUGUCAAAGCAGGAGGCCAGAUGGGAGGCAAUUACUAUAGUCUACGUGGCAGAGACAACAGAGACCUGCACUGCCAUGGCAAGAAGCAUGUGGAUCUAAGAGGACUCCCAGCCCUCGAACACCCUGAGCUCAGGCAUGCCCUUUGGGGAAUCUGCGGAGAGGAGCAAAGCGCAGGGCUUUGGCAUCGCGCCCAGCGUGGGUUUCAGCAGAGCGUGCCAGGAGCUGGUGUCCCCGCUGGUCUCACUUCACUCCGGUCUGCCUCCAGCAUUCCGGACCCAUAGUGCCACUUAACUGUGCGGCUUCUGGAAAAGGUCAAUCUCCAAGCGUCACUUUCCUCAAUUGUGUAAGAAGCAAAACAGGUAUAAACCCCUUCUCCUGCAGGGUGUGAGGAGGAUUAAAUAAAUGAAAUAAGGGUUUCUUCUCAUUAUUGAACAGAACUGAGGCUUCAGGUUUUCCCGGUGGAGCUUGGGGGAACUCGGGGCAAGGACUCCUGUCCCCGGCGUCUGCCCAGGAUGGGGCUCCGUAGGUGCCCACGCCCCUACCUGCAGGGUGGGAGCUUCCCCACCGUCGCCCCCACGGCCUGCAGGGGGGCGGCACCGAGAGAAGGCGACCCAGCCUUGAGUGGCGGGGACGCCCCCGUGCAGCCGGGAGCCGGGCCGCCCCUCCCCGCACUUCCCCCAGCCGGCCCAGCCCGGCGCGGUCCACGGUCAAGCUCGGCCCGGGAAAGGAGGGGCCGCGGGCCUGACCUCCUCGCCGCUUCCGGGGGAGCGGGGCCGGCCGUCGGCUGGGCCGGAGCGACGCUUUCCCUCGGCCGGAGCGGCGGGCGCGGCGCGGGAGCCGCCACCCGGGGCCGCCGGCAAGCAGGCUGUCAGAGUGAGAAAGCAGUCCUCUGCCACGUGCUCCACGGCUCCAGAGCCACAUUCUCCACCAGCCCUUUGUCUGCAGAAGUGUCGUUACUUCUGGAAUAUUGUGGCUCCAUCUCGGACCAGGCAUUUCCACGGAAAGUCCCUCUAAAGAGCUGCCUGCCAGCUGCCCUUCCCCAGAUAUUGAAUGCACCUCGGCCCCGGUGGAGCAGAGAACCGUCAUUCUGCUGGUCAUGCUGAGCUCAUACUCUGAUGGCUGUUUCAUGAGGUCAAGACUGGGUCCCCUCUCUUCUGCCACAUUACCAAUGCCUGGGCUCACGGGGUUAGUUUUGAGCCCAACAUUAUGGCAUCGUCAACCUCCUGCCCAGCUCCUCACUCCCGGCCCAGGAAGCCUCUGGGCAAGAUGGCUGACUGGUUCAGGCAGGCAAUGUCGAAGAAGCCCAGUAAGAGGCCCGAGUCCCCAGGAAGUCCCCCUAGUGACGUUCCUCAGCCGAGCUCCCAGGACCGCCGGCCAUCCCUGGGCCACGGCUCAGCCCGGCCCCCCAGCCCCCCACCAGCACACGUGGGCACCAGCAGCGGCGGCACCAGCAGUGGCAGUGGCCGCUGGAGCAAGGACUAUGAUGUCUGCGUGUGCCACAGUGAGGAGGACCUGGUGGUUGCCCAGGAACUGGUGUCCUACCUGGAGGACAGCAGUGCCAGCCUGCGCUGCUUCCUGCAGCUCCGGGAUGCAACCCCAGGCGGCGCCAUCGUGUCCGAGCUCUGCCAGGCACUGAGCAGCAGCCAUUGCCGCGUGCUGCUCAUCACCCCGGGCUUCCUCCGGGACCCUUGGUGCAGGUACCAGAUGCUGCAGGCCCUGAGCGAGGCCCCCGGGGCAGAGGGCCGCACCAUCCCGCUGAUGUCAGGCCUCACCAGAGCCGCCUACCCCGCUGAGCUCCGCUUCAUGUACUUCGUGGACGGCCGGGGCCCUGAUGGCGGCUUUCGCCAAGUCAAACAAGCUGUCCUGCGUUAUCUGCAGACCUUCAGCUGACACUUCUUGUUAUCACCAUGGGACCCAGAAGGUUGGACACAGCUGGAAAGAGACUUAUUAGAGAGCCCAGGGCCUUGCAGGGCUGGAUUCAAGCAAAUGUGACAAGGCAUUAAGGAGCGAGCAUUUGCAGUGCUUUGUAUGUGAUCCUGGGACCAGAUUGCCCAUUAGGCUUCCAUUAUUGUGGGCUUCCCAGGAGAGCCAUGGGCAAACUGGGGACUCCCCCAGGAGGGCCGUGGGCAAGCUGGGGACUCCCCCAGGAGGGCCGUGGGCAAGCUGGGGACUCCCCAGGAAGGCCAUGGGGAAGCCAGAAAUUGGAGGCGGUAGGAGAUGCUGAUACCAAGAUGGUCACCAAUGGUUUGCCUCCUGCCUAAAUUGGACAUGAAGCUGGCACAUACCUAAGUUGGCUUCCCCAGGAAUUGGGCACUGGUGUACAGAUGCAUCCCUCCUGAAGAGGUGCCCCAUCUGAUUAAUGAGCAGGAAGCCUACGCUGCAUGCCUCAGAGUGGAUGGUUUCCCCAGAUGCCUGCGGAGGCCCUGAACAGGCACCGGGAGAAAACAACAGGUACCGAGGCCUUCACACCCACACUACUGCUGCUCUGUUUCCCAGUAACUACAUGAAAGACGCACUCAGUGCUGCGCUGUAUUUAUUCUUAUUGCAUGCGUGCUAAAAGGUCAAACCUAGAAACCGUUCUGAAUAGACUGGAGAGGGGAGGGCGUGCGUGGGGUGGGAGCGAGGAGCGGGUGGCAGGGGCGGUGGGGGCUAGAGGAGGGAAGUCAGCCCGGGAACCUGGGCUCGAAAGCCCGCCCACCAGCGCUCUGGCUUUGGGGCCUCACCAGGGCUCUGGCUAGAACUCCUGCCCUUAAAGUAGCUCCUUCACCUCUGCACUGAGAGGAUCGGCGUUUUUCUCUUGGGGGAUAACCGUGUACCUUGUAAGACAGGCCAAGGUUUUCAUUUGUUGGUUCUCAGUAGGUUUGCUGUUGAGCCGAAAUGAAUUUCUCAUUUCCCCAAGGUG